GCGCCACUCGCGUCCGCGCGCAGCCUCAGCAUCCUCAGCCCCCGCAGUCGCUGGAGCUGCCGCGCCCGCCGCAGGGAGGGCGGAGCAUCUGGGGAGGCUCCAAGUUGGCGGAGCGACUGGGAACCCCAGGACUCUUCAGCUGCCGCCCGGGGAGGGGCUGAGAGGCGAGCAAGGGAGGGGGCGCCGCCCAGCCCCUAGCCUGGACCCCCUGUCCGCGGCCGCACCAUGCGCGACGAGCCGGCGUGACCGGCUCCACCCGCAGCCUCCCCUGCAGCCUAGACCCGCGCUCUUGCUGGCCACACCAAGCGGCGCCCGGGAGCUAUGAGCCAUGAAGCCACCCGGCAACAGCUCCCGGCGGCCACCCCUGGCGGGCUGCAGCCUUGCCCGAGCCUCCAGCGGCCCCAGUGGCGGCUCCGCCGCCCCGGCGCCCAUCCGCGCCCUGGCCCGCGCGCCUCCCUGCCGCCUCCUCCUCGUCCUUUUCCUGCUGCCUCCACUCGCCGCCUCGUCCCGGCCCCGCGCCUGGGGGGCUGCUGCACCCAGCGCUCCGUAUUGGAAUGAAACUGCAGAAAAAAAAUUGGGAGUCCUGGCAGAUGAGAACAACACAUUGCAACAGAAUAGCAGCAGUAAUAGCAGCUCCAGCCAUGCAAUGCAGAAAGAAAUCACCCUGCCUUCAAGACUCAUAUAUUACAUCAACCAAGACUCGGAGAGCCCUUACCAUGUUCUUGACACAAAGGCAAGACACCAGCAAAAACAUAACAAGGCUGUCCAUCUGGCCCAGGCAAGCUUCCAGAUUGAAGCCUUUGGCUCCAAAUUCAUUCUUGACCUCACAUUGAACAAUGGUUUGCUGUCUUCGGAUUAUGUGGAGAUUCACUAUGAAAAUGGGAAACCACAGUACUCUAAGGGUGGAGAGCACUGUUACUACCAUGGCAACAUCAGAGAUGUCAAGGACUCAAGGGUGGCUCUGUCAACCUGCAAUGGACUCCAUGGUAUGUUUGAAGAUCAUACCUUUGUGUAUAUGAUAGAACCACUGGACCUGGUUCACAAUGAGAAAAGCACAGGUCGGCCGCAUAUAAUCCAGAAAAUCUUGGCGGGACAAUAUUCUAAGCAAAUGAAGAAUCUCAGUAUGGAAAGCAGUGACCAGUGGCCUUUUCUAUCUGAAUUACAGUGGUUGAAAAGGAGACGGAAGAGAGCAGUAAAUCCAUCCCGUGGUGUGUUUGAAGAAAUGAAAUAUUUGGAACUAAUGAUUGUUAAUGAUCACAAAACGUAUAAGAAGUGUCGUUCUUCUCUCGCACAUGCGAACAACUUUGCAAAGUCUGUGGUCAAUCUUGUGGAUUCUAUUUACAAGGAGCAGCUUAACACCAGGGUUGUCCUGGUGGCUGUAGAGACCUGGACCGAGAGGGAUCACAUUGACAUCACCACCAACCUUGUGCAGAUGCUCCACGAAUUCUCCAAAUACCGACAGCGUAUCAGACAGCAUGCUGAUGCUGUGCAUCUCAUUUCGCGUGUGACAUUCCACUAUAAGAGGAGCAGCCUGAGUUACUUUGGAGGUGUCUGUUCUCGCACAAGGGGAGUUGGUGUGAAUGAGUAUGGUCUUCCAAUGGCAGUGGCACAAGUAUUAUCGCAGAGCCUGGCUCAAAACCUUGGAAUCCAAUGGGAACCUUCUAGCAGAAAGCCAAAAUGUGACUGCACAGAAUCCUGGGGUGGCUGCAUCAUGGAAGAAACAGGGGUAUCUCAUUCCAGAAAGUUCUCAAAGUGCAGUAUUUUGGAGUAUAGAGACUUUUUACUGAGAGGGGGUGGAGCCUGUCUUUUCAACAGGCCAACAAAGCUGUUUGAGCCCACAGAGUGUGGAAAUGGAUACGUAGAAGCUGGGGAGGAGUGUGACUGUGGCAUCCAUGUGGAAUGUUAUGGACUGUGCUGUAAGAAAUGCUCUCUCUCCAAUGGGGCCCACUGCAGCGAUGGGCCUUGCUGCAAUAAUACCUCGUGUCUUUUUCAGCCACGAGGAUAUGAAUGUCGGGAUGCUGUGAAUGGGUGUGAUAUUACCGAAUAUUGUACUGGAGACUCUGGCCAGUGCCCACCAAAUCUUCAUAAGCAAGAUGGAUAUGCAUGCAACCAAAAUCAGGGCCGCUGCUACAACGGGGAGUGCAAGACCCGGGACAGCCAGUGUCAGUACAUCUGGGGAACAAAGGCUUCAGGGUCUGACAAAUUCUGUUAUGAAAAGCUGAAUACGGAAGGCACCGAGAAAGGCAACUGUGGAAAGGAUGGAGACCGAUGGAUCCAGUGCAGCAAACAUGAUGUGUUCUGUGGAUUUUUACUCUGCACCAACCUUACUCGAGCGCCACGUAUUGGUCAACUUCAGGGUGAGAUCAUCCCAACUUCCUUCUAUCACCAAGGCCGGGUGAUUGACUGCAGUGGUGCUCAUGUGGUUUUAGAUGAUGAUACGGAUGUGGGCUAUGUCGAAGAUGGAACACCAUGUGGCCCAUCUAUGAUGUGUUUAGAUCGGAAGUGUCUACAGAUUCAGGCCCUAAAUAUGAGCAGCUGCCCCCUCGAUUCCAAGGGUAAAGUGUGUUCAGGCCAUGGGGUGUGUAGUAAUGAAGCCACCUGCAUCUGCGAUUUCACCUGGGCAGGGACAGACUGCAGUAUCCGGGAUCCAGUUAGGAACCUGCACCCCCCCAAAGACGAAGGACCCAAGGUGAACAUGGCCACAAGCAGGCUAAUAGGUGCCGUGGCUGGCACCAUUCUGGCCCUUGGGGUGAUUUUUGGAGGCACAGGGUGGGGAAUAGAAAAUGUCAAGAAGAGGAGGUUUGAUCCUACUCAGCAAGGCCCCAUUUGAAUCAGCGGCCCUGGAUGAACAGCAUCUUGCACUGUGGGAUUCUGGGUAUGACAUACUUGCAGCAUCGUUGCCAGAACUGUUAAGUCUGUGAACAAAAACCUUGGGUGGUAAUGACUAGAGAACUAACGUUGGGGUAACAGGGAUGGAGUCAAAGAAAAUUGUCCUUUUUGGAAAUAAUUUCAAAGAACCCCUCCCACCACCUAUCAAUAAAAGGGAGCAAAAGACAAUAUUGUACAAAUAACUAUUUCAGAAUCUUUUUUUUUCUAUGAAAGGAAGAAGGAAGAACAACAAAAAUUAAGUGCAAUAAAAGAACCAUUAAAAAAUAGCAAAUGAUCUUUUUCUUUCCUCAGCCUGCUACCACUUAAUAUCUUCUAAAUGAUUUAGCAUGAUUUUUUUUUUCUUUUCUUACCAAUGACACACUCCAGCGGCAUGAAGAUCUAAUUUUCGAAAGGGUAAAAUCUGCAUGGCCUAUAUACAACAAACAGCUAGCAAGCCAAUCCACAGCAAAACCUGCAACUGAUUUCCUGAGAUGAAAGUGGCAGAUGAACCCACGGAAGCUGCCUGCCCCCUGCCCCCUGCUCCCUAGUCUUGACCAGGCCAUGAGGAACUCCACACACCCCUGCUCUUGUUGAUUCACUUCCUGUUGUCUUUUCUCCUGGACCUCACACCCUUUGGAAAUGGAAGCUGGAAUUUGAACAAUGAUGCUAUUGUAUAGUCCUUUUAUAAGUGUAAAUAUGGAAAUAGAUUUUGACACAUCAUUUUCACUUGUCUGUACUGAAGUAUUUCUCUUGUAAAGGUUGUCUGUAAAUUUGAGUUUAUUGUUUGUUCUCCAUCAUUUUUAUUCUUUUUCUCUAUUUCUCUUUGUCUCUGUCCUCUCUUAUAACAUGUUGUACAAUGAUUCUUGAGUUUGCUUAAAAAAAAAAAAAAAAACAGAUAUGGCCACAGAUUCAAGGAGUUUGGGCACAAAACAGGUGCAAUUAAAAAAAUGAAAUGAUUGAAUGAGAUGAAAUGCUUGAAACCAAACAUAAACAAAGGGUGGGGGACACAAAGAACAAAAUAACCCAUAGGAAAAACGUAAAAAUUUACAUAAAAAUGUAAAUGCAAAUAUGUGUGCUCACAAGUCUCUAAUUUUUUUAUGUCAUUAUAAACAUCUGUAUAUAAUGUAAGAAAGUAGACACCCUCUCAAAUUAAUCACAAAAGUGCCAAGCUCAUGAUGUCAGUUUUUGAUUUUAACAGUUUUCUUUCCCUGUCUUUAAUGUGAAAGGAGGAUAAACUUAAAGCCUUAAAUUUAAAAAAUAAUUUUUAAAUGUUGAAAGCUUGGGGAAAAAGUUAAGCUUUUCAUUUUAUUCCAUAUCUAUUAUUGUCAGGAUUUCAUUCAUGCCUUCAACUUCCUGCCUCGAAAUAUAUAUGGUAGAUCCCCACUGUAAAGCUGGUAAUGAGAACGGAAACAGCAUUUACCUUUUUCUGAGCACUGUUAAGAUAGGCUUUAAUUCUGUGUGUUGUGUUUUUCAACCAGCCUUGUCUGGCCCACGGUGUAUGACUGAUCUGUGGAAUGUUGUGAUGGAUUACAAUGGGGUUCUACGAUAUACAAAUUCACAUUGUUCUUUUCCCUCCAGGCAGAUAUGCAGAUGUAAUCUGGGUUCCCAAGCCCCUCUGAAUUUAAUUCACUGUCACUGAUUUUUUUUUCUUCCAUUGAUGGUCAAGAUAGCUUUCGUUCAAGUGUUGAGUAUCUAUGGUAAUAAAGAAAUUUAGUUCCACCUUUUUUUUUUUCAAUAUAAAAGCUUGUACAUGAUCCCUUUAGUAAGCAUCCAUCUAGUGAUGUUUUACUGUUUUACCCUAAAGAGCCCACACUUCUGUAACAUCCUGUUUUUAGAAACAGGACAUCCAGUUGUCCCAUUCACUUCUUCAUUACAACUAAAUUAGUUGCUAAAGUGAGCUUUGAGUUCUUUUUCAGCAAGAUUCAUGAUGCUAGUCUCACCAGUUUUGCCUGAACUUUGCAAAGGAUUUUUUCCUUAAAAUGUGCUGCUUUAAACAGUGGGGUUUCCCCCAAGUUAUCCUUUGCUUUGGAAGUGUUGCAGUCGUAGAGCAGAAUCCUUAAUUUCUAAAUGCUACACUAGACCGUAAACUAACAUCUUAAUCCUGUUAUUGCUUUCUGAGUCCUAGGUGCUACACAGGUAUGUAGUCUUUCUCUAGAACUAGCUGUAUGUCUAUGUUGUAAUAACAGGGUUACCUGCAAGGUUUAUCAGCCUUACCCUUGGUGUCAUAAGACAUGAGUUGUAUCCCUCUACCAAGCAGCAUUGGCUCUUAGAGGGAGCCUGGAGGAAACUCAGAUUACUCGGGAUCUCUUCCUGUCACUCUGUUUGUGUCUCUCUGUUGUUGAGUCCUGUUCACCAGUGGAUACUUAGCUGCUGCUGAGUCCACCAUACACAUUUCACUGCUGUUCUAGACGUACAAAACCAUGGUAGUACAAACAAGUUUAAACCUGUUGUUAACUUCUGAGCAUUUCACAAACAACAUUGUAAAUGUGCGAUGUUAUGUUUUAAAUCAGACCACAGUGGUCCCCAAAUAUUAUGUACAUAUGGCAACUGUCAGUGUAACUUUUUAUUACACUGGCACUUUCAUAGGUAAUGAAACCUAUGCUCCAAUGUUAAAUUAUUUGUGUGUAUAUGUAAAAUACACGAGCUUUAAGCUAUCUGUGUAUGACUAUGAAAGAUAAUGCAACCAUACCAGUUGUGAACAGUGGAUUAUAGUUAUGUUUGGUGGUAUUAGUUUAUGUAAGAUCAAGGUCUGUUGUAUUUUCUCUUGCACAUGCCAUUCAUUUGCUGAUUCUUGUGGUGUGAAUAUGCCAGUUUAUUCAUUUGAGCUCAAAGCACAAGCAUCUCACCGUUUAAUGUUACCCUACAAGAGUUAGUGUAAAGUGAUGACAAGUUCCCAUUUCACCCGUUAACUUUUGCUUCAUUAAUUGGUGACACCUGGAUGAGGAGAUGUGCGCUGACUUCAUUGCUCACCCUCGGAUACUGCAUGAACCCAUCGAAUUAGAGCUACUCUUCUUAGAUAAAUGAGCAGUACACAUAGGUGCAUGUUCUAAAACAUGAAUCACAUAGAGCUGUGGAGUUUGGCCAAGUGGUUUGUGUGUGACUUUAGUUUCUGUUUUUCUUUCUUUCUUUUCUUUUUAACUAUGCAGAGAUGGGAAAUGCACAAACUUCUCAAAGACUAGUGUCUGAAGAACUUUCCAAACAGUAAUCGAAUCCUUUCUUUAAAGUCAUCUCACCAUACUUUAUAGCCAUUGUUGCUUCCACUGUUAAUUUUCAUUUUUAGAUCGUUUCCAGUUCUUUAAGUGCACAGCCUGAAGUUUUGCUGGAAGCUAAAUAAAUUCAUUCGUAUCUUGGUUGUCUAUAGAUGGAGAUUCAGUAGUUCAUUGUAUGCAUCUUCAGUCAAGUGUAUAUUAAAACUUUCGUUAACAUUGAAUGUUGUAGUUUUAUACUUUGGUCAUUUCUCUUAAACCCUUUUUCUGUGCUCUCUUGUGUUGAUUCAAUGGCUGUGCACCAGAUAUCUUUUAGCGCUGGUCUCUCAAUCAAAGGCUUACUGAAAAUUUAAUCGGUCAAUGGAGCAAAAUAAAAUCCUGAUUGAUGGUAAAUAUA